UUCAACACCCCCCCUUCCUGCUCCUCCCGGCCGGGACGGUGGGAGCAGCGGCGGCGGCAAGAUGGCGGCCGGGACGGUGGCCGGGAGGGCUCAGGCUCCGCGCGGAGGCGGCUUGGGCUCCUCUGGGCGCCCGCCCAGGCGGCAGGAAGGUCUCUGAGGAGGAAGCGGCGGCGGCGGCGGCGGCGGGGAGGGGGAGGAGGAAGAGAGCCCAGUGGUGAAGUGGCGAACUGCCAUGGCGAACUGCUCUGACAGCGACGAUGACAGCUUCAUGGCCGUGGACCCCGAGGACGCCGUGGCAGAAGGGGGCACCAUGGAGCAGGACGAGAGGCCGCGAGCCAGGCCCCACAUGGAGGAGGGAGAGGAGGAGGAGGAGGAAGCGGCAGCAUCAGCAGCAGCAGGGGCAGCCGAGCACCAGCGUUCCAUGCAGGAGCUGCCGGAGGAGGUGCUGGAGUACAUCCUGUCCUUCCUCUCGCCAUAUCAGGAGCACAAGACGGCUGCCCUCGUCUGCAAGCAGUGGUAUCGACUCAUCAAAGGCGUGGCUCACCAGUGCUACCACGGCUUCAUCAAGGCCGUCCAAGAAGGGAACGUUCAGUGGGAGAGCCGCACGUAUCCCUACCCAGGCACCCCCAUCACCCAGCGCUUUUCGCACAGCGCGUGUUACUACGACUCCAACCAGUCCAUGUACGUCUUUGGGGGCUGCACGCAGAGCAGUUGCAACGCAGCUUUCAACGACCUCUGGAGGCUCGACCUGAACAGCAAGGAGUGGAUCCGGCCCUUGGCUUCAGGCUCUUACCCUUCGCCAAAGGCAGGAGCCACGCUGGUCGUCUACAAGGACUUGCUCGUGCUGUUCGGGGGCUGGACGCGGCCCAGCCCAUAUCCCCUGCACCAGCCGGAGCGGUUCUUUGACGAGAUCCACACUUACUCGCCCUCCAAAAACUGGUGGAACUGUGUGGUGACGACCCACGGCCCCCCUCCCAUGGCCGGCCACUCCUCCUGCGUGAUCCGGGACAAGAUGAUUGUCUUUGGGGGCUCCCUUGGCUCUCGGCAAAUGAGCAACGACGUCUGGGUGCUGGAUCUGGAGCACUGGGCCUGGUCCAAGCCAAGCAUCUCUGGUCCCAGCCCUCAUCCACGAGGGGGCCAGUCACAGAUUGUCAUAGACGACGAGACCAUUCUGAUCCUCGGGGGCUGCGGGGGGCCGAACGCGCUCUUCAAGGACGCCUGGCUGCUGCACAUGAAUUCCGAGCCCCCCUGGACGUGGCAACCCCUGAAGGUGGAGAACGAAGACCAGGGAGCCCCCGAGCUCUGGUGCCAUCCGGCCUGCAGGGUGGGCCAGUGCGUGGUGGUCUUCAGCCAAGCCCCCAGCGGGCGGGCGCCCCUCAGCCCCAGCUUGAACUCUCGCCCGUCACCCAUCAGUGCCACGCCGCCCGCCCUGGUGCCCGAGACGCGGGAAUACCGCUCCCACUCCCCGGUCCGGAGCGCGGACGAAGCGCCCUGCGUCAACGGCCGCUGGGGCACCCUCCGGCCCCGGGCCCAGCGCCAGACGCCUUGCGGCUCCCGGGAGGGCAGCCUCUCCCCGGCCCACGAGGACACUUCUCCGGUGCUGAACGGCGGCAGCGGGGGCUUCUCUCCAGGCGCCCCGGCCCCGGGCGGAACCUCCCUGGACAGUCCGCUCCAGGCCUUCUCUCCCAGCACGCCUUCCUCCGCCACCGAAGGCUGCGACCUAAAGACCGGCCUCUCUCUGGCCCCGCGGCGGGGCUCCCUUCCCGAGCAGAAGGACCUGCGGCUGGCACCUGUGGACCUUACCUGGGAGCCCAAGCCCCCGCCCCCCCUUUGCCAGCCGGAGGGGGCGGAGGGCAGGACGGUCGGCCCCAGGAACCCUCCGGAGCAGACGAACGGCGCCCACAGCCCGCCCCGCGUGACCAGCUCCCUGGCAGGGGCCGUCUCCCCCGGAGCCCUGCGGCGCAGCCUGGAGGCGGUGAAAGCCCUCUCCUCCAAGGCGCCCCACGCGGCGCUCAGCCCCCCCUUGGGCUCCUCGCCAGGCUCCCCGGGCGGCCAGAGUGGAGCCGCCGCCGCCGCCAGUGAGGCCGCUGUGGCGCCCCCUGGCGCCCCUCGGCCCGGCUCCGCCCAAGGGGAUGGGCACGCCUUACCGCCCAUCGCCCGGCGGCUGGGCCACCACCCGCCCCAGUCGCUGAACGUGGGCAAGCCCUUGUACCAGAGCCUGAACUGCAAGCCCAUGCAGAUGUACGUGCUGGACGUGAAGGGCCUCAAGGAGCGCGGGCGGGUGCAGUGGAAGCUCUUCAGCAGCGGGGCCGUGGUGGGGCCGCCCGAGACCAGCCUGCACACCGUGGUACAAGGCCGGGGCGAGGUGAUCAUUUUCGGCGGCCUGAUGGACAAGAAGCAAAACGUCAAGUACUACCCCAAAACAAAUGCCUUGUACUUUGUGCGAGCCAAGAGAUAAUCCAGGCGACGGCAGCAGCCCCCACCCCCUUCCUGCCCCCCUGCCCCGCCAGCCUCUGAGCUCCCCUCAAACCCUCCAGACCCUUCCGUAGCGCUCUGUCAAGCAGGCUGUGAAUUUGGGGUUCCACCCACCCACCAAUAAAAAGAUCUAAACAAACGCCA